AGUUCCACGUCAGUGUGGGCGACCGGUCAGCGCCGCCGGCGGGUCUCUGAGGAAGCUGCGUCGCCGGGAGCCAGCGAGGGCGCCGGGGCUCGGACCCACGCCGCCAUGCCUCUCCGCCUUGAUAUCAAGAGAAAGCUGACUGCUAGAUCAGACCGCGUGAAGAGUGUGGACUUGCACCCCACAGAGCCAUGGAUGUUGGCGAGUCUCUACAAUGGCAGCGUGUGCGUCUGGAACCAUGAAACCCAGACCCUGGUGAAAACGUUUGAAGUGUGUGACCUUCCUGUUCGAGCCGCCAAAUUCGUCGCAAGGAAGAACUGGGUUGUCACCGGAGCGGAUGACAUGCAGAUCAGAGUGUUCAAUUACAACACCCUGGAGAGAGUUCAUAUGUUUGAAGCACACUCGGACUACAUCCGCUGUAUUGCCGUUCAUCCCACCCAGCCGUUCAUUCUGACUAGCAGUGAUGACAUGCUUAUUAAGCUCUGGGACUGGGAUAAAAAAUGGUCCUGCUCACAAGUGUUUGAAGGCCACACACACUACGUAAUGCAGAUUGUGAUUAACCCCAAAGAUAACAACCAGUUUGCCAGCGCAUCUCUGGACAGGACCAUCAAGGUGUGGCAGCUCGGCUCCUCCUCACCAAACUUCACUCUGGAGGGACACGAGAAAGGCGUGAACUGCAUCGAUUACUACAGCGGUGGUGACAAGCCAUACCUCAUUUCAGGUGCAGAUGACCGGCUUGUUAAAAUAUGGGAUUAUCAGAACAAAACGUGCGUGCAGACACUGGAGGGCCACGCCCAGAACGUAUCCUGCGCCAGCUUUCACCCUGAGCUGCCCAUCAUCAUCACGGGCUCCGAAGAUGGCACGGUGCGCAUCUGGCACUCCAGCACCUACCGGCUUGAGAGCACACUGAAUUACGGAAUGGAGCGGGUGUGGUGUGUGGCCAGUCUGCGAGGGUCCAACAAUGUGGCUCUGGGCUACGAUGAGGGGAGCAUCAUCGUUAAGCUCGGUCGGGAGGAACCUGCCAUGUCCAUGGAUGCCAAUGGGAAGAUAAUUUGGGCCAAGCAUUCAGAGGUCCAGCAGGCCAAUCUCAAAGCAAUGGGAGAUGCCGAAAUUAAAGAUGGAGAAAGGUUGCCUCUGGCAGUGAAGGACAUGGGCAGUUGUGAAAUAUACCCUCAGACCAUACAGCACAAUCCCAAUGGGCGGUUUGUUGUGGUCUGCGGUGAUGGGGAAUACAUCAUCUACACAGCAAUGGCCUUGAGAAACAAGAGCUUUGGCUCUGCCCAGGAGUUUGCCUGGGCUCACGACUCCUCAGAAUAUGCAAUAAGAGAGAGCAACAGUGUUGUAAAGAUAUUUAAGAACUUCAAGGAAAAAAAAUCGUUUAAACCAGACUUUGGAGCUGAAAGUAUCUAUGGAGGCUUCCUGUUGGGGGUGAGGUCUGUCAAUGGCCUAGCCUUCUAUGACUGGGACAAUACAGAGCUCAUACGCAGAAUUGAAAUUCAGCCCAAACACAUUUUCUGGUCUGAUUCUGGAGAGCUAGUCUGCAUUGCCACCGAGGAAUCAUUCUUUAUCCUGAAGUACCUGUCAGAGAAAGUCCUGGCUGCACAGGAAACCCACGAGGGAGUGACAGAAGAUGGCAUUGAAGACGCCUUUGAGGUUCUUGGUGAGAUCCAGGAAAUUGUGAAAACAGGGCUGUGGGUAGGGGACUGCUUCAUUUAUACGAGUUCUGUGAACAGAUUAAAUUAUUAUGUCGGAGGAGAAAUAGUCACCAUUGCCCACUUGGACAGGACGAUGUAUCUCCUGGGUUACAUUCCUAAAGACAACCGGCUUUACCUGGGGGAUAAGGAACUGAACAUCGUUAGCUACUCCCUGCUCGUGUCAGUCCUGGAAUACCAGACAGCCGUCAUGCGGAGAGAUUUUGGCAUGGCCGAUAAGGUUCUUCCUACCAUUCCAAAGGAACAGAGGACCAGAGUAGCACACUUCCUGGAAAAGCAAGGCUUUAAGCAGCAGGCUCUGACUGUGUCCACGGAUCCUGAGCAUCGUUUUGAGCUUGCUCUCCAACUUGGAGAGUUAAAAAUUGCGUACCAGUUAGCAGUGGAAGCAGAGUCAGAGCAGAAGUGGAAACAGCUCGCUGAACUCGCCAUCAGUAAAUGCCAAUUUGGCCUAGCCCAGGAGUGCCUGCACCACGCCCAGGACUACGGGGGCCUGCUGCUCUUGGCCACUGCCUCCGGAAACGCAAGCAUGGUCAACAAGCUCGCAGAGGGCGCAGAGAGGGAUGGCAAGAACAACGUGGCGUUCAUGAGCUACUUUUUACAGGGCAAGCUUGAUGCAUGCCUAGAACUCCUGAUUCGAACCGGAAGACUGCCAGAGGCUGCCUUCCUGGCCCGGACCUACUUACCCAGCCAGGUUUCAAGGGUGGUGAAACUCUGGAGGGAGAAUCUUUCCAAAGUCAACCAGAAAGCAGCAGAAUCUCUCGCUGACCCAACAGAAUACGAAAACCUUUUCCCUGGACUAAAAGAAGCCUUUGUGGUUGAAGAGUGGGUGAAAGAAACGCAUGCUGACUUGUGGCCUGCCAAACAGUACCCACUUGUCACGCCAAAUGAAGAAAGAAACGUUAUGGAAGAGGCAAAAGGAUUCCAGCCCUCCAGACCCACAGCACAGCAGGAACUGGAGGGAAAGUCUCCCUCCCCCACUCCAGUUAUCUGCACCUCCCAGACGGCCACCAAGGAUGAAAAGAGCUUACUUGAACUAGAAGUGGAUUUGGAUAAUCUGGAAUUAGAAGAUAUUGACACAAUAGACAUCAAUCUGGAUGAAGACAUUCUGGAUGACUGAUGUAAUCUUACUCCUUUUAUUAUUAUAUAAAGGCAUUGAUCCCCACCCUCACCUCAGUGCUCAGAACUCUGAGAAACUCCCUCAAUUUUUGUAUGUAGGCGCAGUCAGCCCAAAGGGUCAGCUCAGCCUCCUCUUAAGAGGAAUUUAUGUGCAGCAUUUAAAUUACUAUGUUUCUUUGUUAGACCAUAUCCCAUAAACACCUUUUGAAUCAAUG